UCCUUAUUUUGUUGUUGCACCACACCCUCGUGAAACCACUUUAAUUCUAUCUUGGCUCCAUGCGUUGUUUAGACCAAUACUUGGAGAAAAACAAACAUUCUCUCCGGUUAUAUGGAUGAUACUAUCUGCAAUCAAGAGAUUCUUGGAGUCCUUCCUGUUGGAUUCAACCCCCUCCUGUCCUGUGAGGAUGUCCUGUCAGUGUGACGGUGGAGCAACCAGGCGUGUGAGAGGGAGAGGGAAGAGCUUAUUUUGCCCCACAGCCCAAUGUAUGGCUAGAUCCCACUCAACGUUCCAGUUGAGCAAAGUCUCCGGUGAUAUUUCUCCAGGACUGCUUCUACCGAGGGGUCAACCCUGAGAGCCUCAUCUUCGGUAACCACAUAGCAAGAACAAUGACGUAUGAUCUACAUAACUCCUCGUAUGACUUCUACAAUGGCACGCCAUGGUUUGUCUACGACUGCACCAUCCACCUAGACGAGGAUAGCCGACGGAUCGCUCUUUUCCUCCUUUACCUAGUGCUCUUCAUGGUAGGGUUGGCCGAAAACACCCUGGUGGUGUGGGUGAACUGGCGAAGGCGGCAUUCGGCGAAUGGCGUGCUGUUCUGCAUCAUCAACGUGAGCUUGUCCGACUUGAUGGUGAUCUUCACCAUGCCCUUCUUCAUGCUGGAGGUGACCAUGGACAAGGUUUGGCUGUGGGGCCGCUUCCUCUGCAAGGUCACGCACCUUGUAUACAUCAUAAACUUCUACAGUAGCUCAUUCUUCCUGGCCUUCAUGACCUUGGAGCGAUACCUGUCCCUGACACAGCCCAACAAGCCCGCCUGCUUCCCAGCGCAGCACAAACGCCGCUGGUUUCUCUGCGCCGGGAUCUGGCUCCUGUCGCUCGUUCUGGCCUUGCUAGAAAAUGUCCACGUUGACUUGUUAGAGUGGGAUGAACCGGGCUGCUAUAUGGUUCCCGAGCAGUACUACACAGAGUGGUUUGUAUCGGUUUCCUUCCUCUGUCUGAUAUUCCAGUUCCUGGGUCCGGCGUCCGUCAUCAUCACUUGCAAUGUCCUGAUCGCUCGUGCCGUCCGCACAACCCCGGACGUCCAGAAUCGUCGGGAUGUGUGGCUGGUGCAUGUGUACUCGCUGGUCUUUGUGGCCUGCUGGCUACCGUACCAUUUGGUUUUGUUCUUGUUGACAGUGGACGACCUGGACCCACACCUGUUCUCCUGCAACAUGGUCGGGGUGCUGUACUUCUCUUUUAGCCUUGUGCAAUGCUUGUCACUUUUUCACUGCAUUGCCAACCCAAUCCUCUACAACUUCCUCAGUAAGAGCUUCCGCAACAAUCUAAUAAACACAGUGAUCAGCCGCAUCUCUUUACAGCCGACCAGUGCGCCAAGUAAUGCUGUAACCGACAAGACAGGGACAACAGCGGUAAAAGAGCGGAAGCUCAGUAACACCAGCACGAGUCACUCCGACAUUGGCGUGUGAAGAGGGAAACUCCUAAAUGACGAUUUGGUGAAACACAGCACGUGAAUGAGCUACGAAAGAAGUGGCCUUGUUGAGGCGGAUGUUUUUUGGUCACUUGCCUGGUAUAACUAGCCAUAAUGUCUCCUGUUUUUCUCACCUCAGUAUUGUUAACAGUGCAAGGAAGGAAAUAUUGUCAACCUUUCGUAACCUUUAUUUCCACCGGUUCCUAUUGUCACAUCUUGGAACUCCUAGAUAAGUAAUAAAAGCUCUGUCCACAUGCCAGCGUUUGUACAAAGACUGUUUUGAUUGUUCUGCUCAACAAAAACUUUCACUUAGCUCUCCAUAUGCUCAAUCACAACACCUAGAGCUGUUUUAAUGGCUUUUAAGCUCAGCAGCUUGCUUGUAUAUAUUGUCAUGGUUGUGAUGUCAUGAAAAAAAUUGAAUAAAAUUAGCUUUAAAGAAGUAUUUUAAACAUGUUUGUGCAAAAGGGGCAAAAUUGUGUAUGCCAUUUCUUAUGAGAAUGUGCAGCUCCGAUGUCUAAAAAAAUAUUUUCCAUUUGUAGAAGUUUGCUGAAUCUAAAUACACCGUAUUUAACAUUGAUAAGUGGUGGGGGGUUGUGUUCAAAUUAUGUGUUCACUGUUAAAAAGACAAGACUCCGACAAGUUUUGUAAGUACUGUUUUUAUUCAGAACACAAGUACAGCUGUAGUAAAAGAGAACAGAUUUCUGAUAGUGACAUUGAACAACAAUAAAUCAUAUAAAUAACACUGAAGUGAUAUAAGGCAAUUGUUUCAUGUUGAAAAUAAAAUGUAGUAUGACAUCUCAUAUUCAACAUCAGAGUCGAGAGUCAAGAUAUUUAUGGUUUAUAAUCACAACAUCAGCUGCAAACCUUGGCAAAUCGCCGAAUGUGCAUUUUUUUCCCUAAAAAUAAAACUGAUUGAUUGAUAAAGGUGAUAAAUAGUUGAUAAAACCAGGCAGUUUAUAAGGUUCAGCCGGUAUUUUCUGUGCUACAUUGCAAAUAAAGCUAUAACAACCACAAUGUCCCAGCAGUUUUGAAUACAUACUUUGUGGGUUGACGACAUCAAUUAUGAAUGGACCGGUGUGCCAAAUCGGUUUUGAAUUGAACAAAAAAUUAUUUAAAUGUACAAUGUAAAAUUGUCCCGUAUAAGAAAGAACACGCAUAUAACUGCUGGGAAAAUGGUACAGAAGAACAUCACAGCUUUCUAAAGAGAAUUGUCAUUUAUUCAUGACAAUACCAUUCGCACGAAACACUCUUGAUAUGUCCCAAGUGAAGAAGGUGAACACUGAACAUAUGAACCGACUGAUAUAUUAGCACCUCAGUCUGAAUAGCUUCAACGACAUAUGAAGAGUGUUGCUUUAUGUACAACAUCCAAACUAUAUUACACUGCAUCUCAUAAACCAGUAACUAUUUCUAAUUUAGUCUAUGUCAAUGAUACACAACACUACUAUAAAAAUAACGGCUAUUCUGUAAAAGAAAAGUAGCCUACCUUAAUUUAUUUAUUUUAAAGAACCAUUUUAUAUAUAUUCUUGAUCUAGAGUACUGCUUUAUUUAUCAGAAAACGUAGAAAAAGUAUUGGUUUAUUCUCAACGUGCACUUGCGUUGUGUAAGGACAAAGGUUACUUUGUGCUUCUCUAGAAUUGCCAGAGACCUGUAGCUUAUUGUGAUAAAUUGCCGGAAGAGUAUAUAGAGGUAAUCGCAGAUCAGCAGCCCGUUAAAAGUGGACUGAAUUUCACACUUGACUGAAUUUGUUUGCUGUGAUCUUAAAUCUUUUGAUCUAAAUGCUUAUAUUUAAAAUGGUUGAAACUGGCUUUGAAGACAAAUAUAACUUGAAUCUGUGCAAGAAUUCUUUACAAAACAACAUUUUUCUUUUAAAUAAAUGAUAGUGACUGAAAAGCAGCCAAAAAGUGUAAACUUCAUUAAUGGUGUUCAAACACUGUGUCAUGACGUUCUUGGCAAAGGUUUGAAGAAGCUACAAUAUUAGAUGUUUUGUUAUUUCGUAGCUUUGAUGACUUUAUUAUUAUUCUAAAAUGUAAAAAAAAAAAAUGGAAA